AAGAGUUACGAGAGAAUUUAGCGCGAGAGAAACAUAGCAGGGUUGUGUACGUUUAUUCUACUUUGCAACGCAGAGCAUCACAUUACUGAUAUAGAACGUGAUCUAACGUGUUGUUAUCUUUAAAUAUACGCUGUCUACAAGUUGCACGCCACACAUGUCAACACUGUAGGCUAACCAAUGCCUUCAAAUUCAAAAACUAGCUAGCUAGUCAGCAUUAGCUGCGAUGGCUGAAUAAUAAUGCUGUUUUCUCGGGAAAAGGGAUGGAUACAUUUCUGAAGCAUUUCUCAGAGAAGAGUCGAGUGGAGCAAACCUGGCUGAGCGAGCUGUUCUGUAGUGUGAGGGACAGGCUUGUCCCAGUGCUCUGUGAAGGGAUGACUGCUGAUGAAGUGGCCCUUGCAGUUGUAUUGCGCCUGCAGGGAUGUUUUUCGUUCGACUCACUUCCCCUUAGUUUCAGGUGUGUUAGUGUGUCGGAGCUCCUCUCCAGGCAGCGGUCCCCUUGCUUCACCAGUCUCGCUAUGAGCACUUGUCAGCACAGAGAACACAUUCGAGAGGCAGAGCAGGCUCUGCCCAAUCACAGGGCCCUCCCCCGUGCCAACCUGCUGCUGAUCGGCUGCCUGACUACGGGAAUGGAGGGUUGGAGGGUGUCAGACUCCAGCGGGAGUGUGCACUGUGAGUUGCUAUACCCAGACCCUUUGUGGAUCAACCAACCCAUGUUGUUUCCUUCUUGGAACUACAUUCCCCGAAAUACACCAGGAAAGGUAGGCCAGGACACAGGUUACCUGGAACUGAUUGCCUCUCCUAUUCAUCUGAAACCUGAUGCGGUCACUUUUGAUCCCGGAGGGUCACUAUCCGAAUCGCUGGGGGUCAAAGAAGCUGCCAGACGGAUGAGAGAGAAGCGGCCAGGGAAGGAGCUCCUGUGUGUGAAUGGGGAGGUGUGGGCAGUGAGCCCUCUUCUGAUGAUCGCAGGGAAACGUUUCUUCAGUUUUAGUCUGAGAGAGAGGGGCCACACUGUAGCCAUACUGGUCAUGGACUCCAGGUACGUGUUCUGGCGGUCGUGUGUGUCUGUGGGACGCCAAGUGUGUGUGAGGGCACUGCGCGUGUGCUCUCUUCGAGGGUGGGUGGGCCAGAGGGUCCUGUCCGUCACGCCGCAGUCCCGCCUCCUGGCUCCCGUGCUCCCAGAUCAGCAGCCCAGCACCACAGCUUUGGUAGACGAGGUGGAGACGGACCACAGUGUUGAGCUCAGCCCGCUGGAGUCCCGCACACACAUUCAGACGCCCCCCCCACACACACAGGCGUCAUGUGCGGACCAGCCGCCGAGUGGCGCAGAUGUGGAGGCCGACUCAGCACAGAGGGCUCCGUCUGCUGCUGCUCACGCAGCCUGUGCUGUGAAAAUCAAACACUCCAGAAUCAUCAGCUACAAGGGUGUAAUCACAGCUGUGACUGACCAGGAGGCCGGACUAUACGUGAUUGACGGAAAGGUGUGUCUUUGCCUGGCCUACCAGCCGCUGCGUUGGAACAGUGGCCUGCGUCCAGGAGCAGAGGUGGAACUUCAGCAUGUCCACUUCCUGUUCCGGCCCUCGCCACACUGCUUUCCCACAGUGCUCUGUGCCUGCCUGCGCACCAGCGUCCAGGUGACCGCCUUUAGCCGCGUGGCGCCAGACCAUUCUGACCCUUCCUCGUCACAUGAUGCACUGCCUCGAUUCCUAUUGGAGAGAAACCUGGGCGUGUCUGAAUACCUGUGGCUUCACUACUACUCAACUGCACUGCAGCAGAGGCUGUGCCCUCGCUGGGUGUGUGAGGCUCGCGUGUGUGUGGUUGCCUCUCGGCUCCUGGAGUGUGUGUGUGUGCGUGAGCAGGACCGGGAGCCACGAGACAUCUACAGAGAAAUGCUGAAGGAGCCACACAUGUGUCCGCUUAGUGAGUAUAAAGUGUGUGGUGUGGGCUGUGAAGUUCCCUCUAUGUCAAAGCUGUGUGAAUGGCUGGACAAGGAGUGCUGGUCAUCCCUCUCCCUCUCCGGUCUCCUCCCUGCGUCCGCCGUGGCUCUGACCCGUGCUGAGCUGAACCCGCUCCUCAGCUGGUCCUACAGGACGUGGUCAGUGCAGGACGAGCCCCAGCUGGCUCUGCUGGUGGGGAUGCUAGAGUCCAGUCCCAUUGCGGCCACCCUCCAGCUGCGCGACCAGACUGGGGCCCUGGACUGUGUGCUGGUGGACACUACUGCUGAGACGGGCAGCCAGCGACCAGCAGACAACACGGCAUGGCUAGGUUGUUUGGUGUGUAUGCGGCGCUGUACUCUAGUAGCUGAGAGAUUCCUGAAGUCUAAUUUUCCUUCUUGGAAGCACCUAAAGGAGAACAAGUAUAUCACUAACAAGCACUGCAGGGUGUAUCUGCAGGUGUGUGUGAGCGACCUGCACAUCCUCAGUCCCUCUACGGCCAUGAGUCUCCUGCUGCUGGAGCGAGAGAACAAACGAAUGAGAGCGAAAACGACAAAUGAGGAGCAGAGGUCCGAGCCUGGGAGAAGAGAAAGAGAGGAAAUGACAGCAGAGGAGGGUCCAUCCAAGCCUUGGUGUGGGACAAGGGAGGGGGAAGAGAAGGACCCAAUCAAGGAAAGGCCCUCCGCAGGCAGCAGGAAUGGAGUGAGAGAGAAAGACACGGUGGAGAAGGGGAGUGCUGUCAGUGAACAGGGGGGGAAGAGAAGAGGAAAGAGGAUGAGAGAAGAAGAGGAAGAACACAGCUCAGAGAGAGAAGGAAUGGGACAGGCAGAGAAGAGUGGAGGAGGUGACCCCAAGCGACAGAAGUCGGGUGAUCAGGAGAACUCCACAGCAACUACAGAGCAAGGGCUUAUGGGAAGGGACCCCUGUGUGUCACUCGCCGUGCGUGUGGAGACCAAACAGGGUGUGGCGCUGCGCAACCAACAGCUGUCGUCAGGGCCGACGCCGGGCCUGUCCCUGAGCUUUGUUACCACGGUGACGUGUUUGGGAAGAGCACAGGGGUGGGGGAGAGACCCCAGAAACAGCGCGCUGCAGGAAAGAGAGUACGAGACACCACACACACAGCUUGAUUUGCAGUUCAUCAGCUCUGCUGUCAGAUGGUUUCCUCUGCUGCAUCCUGGGUCUGUGUAUCGACUCGUCGCCCUACACACAGAGGAUGUUGCAGUGCUGACUGUGAAGACUGAAAGUUUCAAGGGUGGAGUGAAAAACCACGGCAACCCCUCUCUCGUGGUCCAGCCUCGCUGGCGCAUCCACACACUGGAACAUUCUCCACUGACUACACAGAUCAGUCCAUCAGAAUCACAAAACCUUAAAACUGUAUCUCAGGUGCUACAAAACAGUUCCUGUCCAGAUAUUGUGUCCUUUUAUGGCAUUAUAUCUCAGCGAAUCAUGCUGGAGGAAGAACAGGGAAAGACCCCCGUCAUCCAGUCACUGAUCAAGGAUAAAGAUGUGUGUGUAGAGAGAAACCUCAGGUUCCGGUUGACCGUAGAAGAUGCAGAAACAUCAGGUCAGAGUGUCCAGGUGUAUCUGGACCUAUCCCACAAUCCCUUCAUCCCUGGCCUGAUCUCCGGGGCAACCGUGCUGCUCCACUCCUUCCAGCGCUCAGUGUCCAGGAAGGGUAACGUUUACUGCCGCUUUCUGCCCGUUAGUUGUGUGACGGUCACUGGAUUGGGGUCAGAAGAUUCAAACUCAGCGCAGCACUGCCUGCCCCCUCCCAUGAUGCUCCUGGGGGAGUGGGUGCACCCUGCAGAGGGGCAGCGUUGCAUCCUGGGUCGGCUCAAAGUACACGUCACCUGCGUGCUACACCUCAAGAUGCAGUGGACUUGCUCUCUGUGUGGGAGCAUCUACAAACAGAGUGGAUGCAGUCGGACAUUCCCCUCAUGUGACUCCAGCAGUGCUGUGUUCCAGGCAGAGGCCAAAGUGGCUGCAGAGGAUGGCACUGGAGAGGCCCACAUCUGGUUCUCCUCUGAGAUGGUUCCUGCCCUGUUGUUGCUAGGAGCAACUGAGUGGGAGGGGCUCCAGUGGCGCGUGCGGGUUCGAGGUCUGGUGCGUGUGUAUGCCCGGGGCUGGGACAUGGUCAGUGAUAUGAAUCCGGAGGACCCUCUCGUGCGGUACCUGUGUGUGUUGUGUUCCAGUAGCAGUGUCUGUCGGGAGCUCAACCUCACCUGCCAGCCACGCUCUCAGAAGCAAGAGUCGCCCCAGAUGAGGAGGAUGAAGCGAGGAGAGAGAGAGUUCCUGUCCAAGUUCCCCUCUCCACUGCAGCUGACCUGCACACACACCUCGCCACUGCCACACACACUCUGAGGUGUGUGUGUGUGUGUGUGUGUGUGUGUGUGUGUGAUUUUGUUGACCUUGUUUACAGUAUAUUGUACACAUUCUUUGUUCUAGUAUGGCUUGUACAAAGUUUAUUUGAAUGUUAUAUUCAGCAGUUCAGCUUGUUAAUAAGUGUAAACAGCUCUUGUUAAUAAGUGCAAGUGCAAUAGUUGCAAUUAAAAAUAUUUUUCCUAA